AUAUAUAUAUAUAUAUAGAUAUUUCUUCGUCUUUGUUGUUUGUCGUGUUAUUAUUUUCUUAUCAUCAACAUCAUCAUUCUCAACAACAACAUCGUUAUUACCUUUAUUGUUUGCCUUUUGAAUCAUACAUCAGUAGUUGGCAAGAAUUAAGUACAUUUUUGAAGAACAUGCUUAAAAGGGCUGAAGGUUAACAAGGAUUGUUCACGAUGCGUGAAGUUGCUCAAUGUUGAUUAAGAUAUCAAUAUAAACAAGUCGAUAUAAUCGAUUAUUUUGCACUCCAGCAACUUUUGUGGUCAUCAGUUUACGUUAAAAACCUUUAUAACAAUUACUAUUAUCUUCAUUUGAAGAAUUCCACAAGUUAUUCCGUGCAAUGAUAAGCCCUCUGGAACUCAUCCUGAACUUCGUAACCCGAUUUUCUAUCCUAGAUUCAUGCGUUAUACUUAAAAUACGAAAUGGUUUCCGGAAAGUUAUGAAUUCCUUUGCAUAUUAAUUUCUCGAUGUUAAUUAUUAUCUCAAAAUUGAAACGUUAUUAUAGCGAUGUAAACAAUUACUCUUAAGUUCAUUAUAAAUCUCACAUUAGUAUUACAUCGUAGAGUCCCAUAUUACAGAGGCGGUUUCUUAACCGAAAUCAUCACUUCUCUGGUAUAAACAGCAUUGCUUUGUUUGGCUUUGCCCAUAUAUCAGAGACUCAUAAGAUAACAUGAGCUAUUCCACAUCAUAGUUUCGUGUUAUUAAAAUAUACAAAUAUAAUAGAAUCAACAUUUAUUUACGAAUAUAAAGUAUUAUUUCCGACGGUACUUAAGCAUGUUAUUAUAAUCAUUAUACUUAAAUUUGUUGUAGUUGUUAUUGUGGUGGUGCUUGUGUUGUUCUAGUAGUAGUAUUAGCAGCAGCAGCUUCAAUUUGGGGCCCGAGUUUCGGAAAUUUUGCUUCCCUUAUUAAAGCUGCCUGUUGAGAAAAUAUAUAUAUACACAGUGAAUAUCAUUAAAUUCAUCUAUUAUUUUAUUUCAUUACCUGUCUGUCUAACAGCCAAUCUGUCUUUUUUUAUCUCUAGGAUUCUAAAGCAAUUGUUUCCCGUAUUUCUUAAAUCAUUUUAAAAAAAUACCGGUGGCUUUGGCUUGAGAAGUUGAGAUUGUAACAUCAUUAAGAUCAGAAAGAAACAAACUUCAGAAACUGAAAAUAUCAUUAGUGCAAGUUUGCUAAACAUUUCUUAAAAGUCUCGCGAAGAAACCACUUCGUUUUUGGGGUGAUUUCCUAUAUGACCACGACAUCAAUCUAGUCACAUAAAAAAAUUUUUUUAAAAUUGAUACGUUUAUAUUUUUUUUUAAAACAACUAGCUCAUAAAAUAGAAAAUCAGCCAAUAGACAUCCAUUUGUUUAUUUAUUUACACAUUUAUUUAUUUUUCUACUUCAGUGCAAGAUUUCAAUGCGCAAAAGUAAUACGAAAAAUCUUAAAUGAAAUCAAAAUAGGUUGACUGAAUUUUGUUUUGGUUUUCUUCGUAGUUUUCAAUAACAGGAGCAGUUUUACUACUACUACUGCUGCUACCACUACAUUCUUCGUCAAAUUAUCUUCAUAUAGAACAUUUGCAGUUGUGUAGACAAGAAUACGUAUUAUUUUAUCAAGUUCAUUAUCAAACUACAUACUAGGAUUCACAUAAGUAAUGCGUGCCUUGUUUCUUUGAGUAUUUUUUCUAUUUUAUUUUUUUCAGUGGUGGUCAAUCAUAGUUUAAAAUCUUGAUGGUGUUUUAGUCUUAGUUUAUUUUACGGUAUUACUUUUGCAGUGGAAAAUAGUUAUUGUAGAUUGGAAAGAAAACACACUCUAGAUUUAAGUUUAUUCGGAUUUCUAAGGAAACUAAAAACAAAAAAAAACUAUGAUUUCGUAAAAGCUAGUUACAGAAUAAUUAGUUCUUUUUUACAUAUAUAUACUAUUGCAACUACUACUCCUACUGAAAUAAAACUUUAAUAAUAAUAAUAAUAAUAAUGAUAAAUACUAUAAUAACGUUGAUAAUUAUAUUAAUUACAAUAAUGACGAACCAAUCAAAAUAAGAGAGUAAUGCUCACAUGGUAUUUUCUUAAUAAUAAUAAUGAUAAAUUCAUAGAGGCAAACCAUAUGGAUACAUAUACAGUUUUAUUGAUAUGCACUCACACUCGCACAGAAACACGGAAAACUAAUAAAGAAACAUAUAUGCAUGGAUUGCAUAUAUCAGAGACACAUAAAGAUGUGCUUGGUGAAAGCUGCUAUACGUGUACUUUGUGAAAAAUGUAAUAAUAAUAAUAAUAAUAAUAAUAAUAAUAAUAAUAAUAAAUGAUUCUUGGCAUAUUGCAAUUUAAAGCGUAGAAUCAUGGCACUCUUCAGAUUUCCGUUUGAUUUCAACUUUACAGAAGACAAUGGCUUGGGCAAUACGACGGCCUAUCCGUCUGGAUUUGACUCUUACACAGAGCAAGUUACUUUUGAUUUCUGGCGUUUCUCCAUUGAGAAUGAAACUUUCAAUGAUUCAGCACAAAAUAGCAAACUCCCAGUCUUCCCAGGUGCUGGUUUCCCGAGUGGUUACAGCUGGCCAACCAUCAUUAUAUCCACUUGCUUUGUAGUGGUCCUCGUUGUCCUAGUUGGAUUGGGCAACUUACUGGUUUGUAUUGCAAUUUACACGGACAAAAAUUUGAAAAUUACUCAAAAUUCCUUCAUAGCUUCUUUAGCUAUUGCAGACAUGUUGCUUGGCAUUCUGGUAAUGCCGUUAUCAUGGUGCAACGAGAUUUUAGGAUAUUGGUAUUUCGGUCCAGUUUUAUGUGAUUUGUGGUUAUCAGUUGAUGUUUUAUUGUGCACAGCUUCCAUUUUAAAUCUUGUUUUAAUUAGUCUGGACCGUUACUGGUCAAUCACGAGAGCUCUCCACUAUCCUCAGCAAAGAACUCCCAAGAGAGCUGCUAUAAUGAUUGCUAUUGUAUGGGUUUUGUCAGGAAUUAUAUGUUUACCACCCCUAAUUGGCUGGAAACAGCCACGACCAGAAGUAGAGACUCUCUAUCCAAUGUGUUUCUUAAGCGAAGAUCUUGGAUACGUACUAUAUUCUUCGUGCGGUUCUUUUUACAUUCCAAUGGUCAUUAUGGUUAUAGUAUAUUUUCGAAUUUAUCUUGCCGCAUUGAGACGGGCACGCGGCACAUUUAAAAAAAAUCCAAAAGAGGUUUGUCCCGAAACACCAAAAGAUAAAACCACUUCCUCUACUGCAACCAGUUUCACUACACCACCCAAAAACAAUAAUCAGAAAUCCAUUACUACCAAUGCUUCCUCACACGCAGCACCUAAUUCCCUGAAAGAGACAAAGUCUGCUAAUGCCAAUGGUAAUACAAACUGCAUAGAAGUCAAGCACGUUGAUAAAGAAACCCCCAUUCCAAACGAGACUACGGUGCCCAUCAAAGCAGAUAAUAAAAUAUUAAAGGUACCGGGACAGGAAAAUGGACAUAGUGCGUCUUUGCAGAUUGAAGACGAGCAGCGCAACCUCAUAAACACUGAUUCCGAUUCCGUUAGUAUCCUGAAUAAUAAAACGGCAACUAGUGACAGUGAAGUGGGUGAAAUUCGACCACCAAAUCAGCGUUUAGUAUUAGUCACGGAUACUGAAUCUUCUAUGGAAUCACCUAAAAAAUCUUGCGUUAAGGGAGACGUUUCCACUGAGUUAGAAACGGUGGAGGAAAACGCAAAGCCCUUAUUAGCUGGUGACACUGAUUCAACGACAUAUUAUGACUCCCCUUAUUUAUCGCCGGAAACUCAAAUGACCGAUACUGGAACAUGUACGGAAAUGAAGACUCCGAAUGUAACCCGGAAGGAAACCAAUCAGCUUCAACCAGCAAAUCAGGUUCAACAUAGUGAAAACGAAGUUCAUGGUCAGAACCAUGAGCAAGAGCAGGAUUUACCGAGCACAAAUGCCCCUUCAGAAGCUUUACCUUCGCCAAAUGUCAAAGAAAUUAAUGAUAAAUCACACAAGGAUAAAAAGAAAAACAGAAAGAAAAAAGAGCAUAUCUUAAUGACAAAUAUCAAAAAGGGUCAUAAAAAUAAAGGGGACAUAGACAAAAACCGCAAGGAGCAGACUUGGAAGGCUCCAUCGGCACGCGACGCGGAAAAACAAAAACGUCGAGUCGCAAAAGCGCGCGAACGGCGAGCCACCAUUGUACUUGGUAUAGUAAUGGCGGCAUUUAUAUUGUGCUGGUGUCCGUUUUUCACGCUCUACGUUAUUUCGGCAUUCUGUGAUGGUUGCAUACCGAUGCUGGUAUUUAACAUUUUCUUUUGGUUCGGUUACUGCAAUUCAGCAUUAAACCCAGUUAUUUACACAGUGUUCAAUCGAGACUUUAAACAUGCUUUUAUUAAGAUUCUAUUCGGAAAUAAGAAUUUCAAAAGACGAUGAAAGACAAAAAUAUAAUGCUAAACGUUACACGUAUCACGUUGUCUAAGGAAUGUACAAAUAAAAUGAAAACACAAACAUUAUAAAAGGAACAUUACAAAAGCAGUAAAGCUGUUGAUAUAUCAAUGCAUAAAAUUGUAUACAAGUAUAUAUAUAUAUAUAUAUAUAUAUAUAUAUAUACGGAUAAAUGUAUAUAACGGACCAAUCUUUUGAAAAAAGCAUGUCGAGAUUUGUUGUUGAAUGGAAAAAGACAAGCUUUAUGAUCAGCAUAUGUAUAUUAUAUAUAUAAAUAUAUUUAUGCGUGUGUGUGUGUGUGUGUAUGCAUAUGAGUGUAUGUAUAAACGGUUAUCUAAUAUAUAUUGAUAUAUAUAUGUGCAAUUAUAUCUAGAUGUGUGCGCGUACGUCUAUAUACAUAGAUGUGUAUAAAAGUUUAUAUUUACGUAUACAUAUAUACACAUAUAUGUAUACAUAUAUUAAUAUAUGUAUAUGCAUAUUAAUAUAUAUAUAUAGAUAUGUAUAUCG